AACCACGCCCCGUUAUUCAGAGGAGCGUUCGACAUUGCGCUUACAAAGUGCGUAUAAAAAGGGGUGAAGCGCUCCAGAACGUUAUUGCGCUGCCAGCAACCAAUGCGAAUGUAAUUCCGCGCGAGCUGGAAUUCUAAACUUAUUGCGGGGGGUGAACUCCUGAGAAGCGGAUGAAGAAACACGUUUUGCUUCUUUUUACAUUCAGAGGACUUGUAAGAAAAGGAAAAAAGAGUAAAAGAAGAAAAUGGCCAACUUCAUAUUACGGAAAGCUGAGCCCAAGGACGUGUCAGACAUAUUGCGACUCAUAAAGGAACUUGCGAAAUUUGAAAAAAUGGAGGAGCAGGUCAUCUUGACAGAGAAAGAACUACUCGAGGACGGCUUUGGGGAUCAUCCGUUCUACCAUUGCUUCCUCGCGGAAGUCCCUGAGGAUCAUCAGAGCUCAGAUGGAUACACUGUCAUUGGGUUUGCCAUGUACUACUUCACCUAUGACCCCUGGAUUGGAAAGCUGCUCUACCUAGAGGACUUCUAUGUGAUGAAGGAGUUCAGGGGUUAUGGUAUUGGGUCAGAUAUCCUGAAGCAUCUGAGUGAGACGGCAGUUAAGACUCGCUGCAGUAGCAUGCACUUCAUCGUAGCAGAGUGGAACAAGCCGUCCAUAGAGUUCUACAAGCGCCGUGGAGCCUCAGACCUGUCUGAUGAGGAGGGCUGGCGACUCUAUGCGAUUGAGAAGGAUGACCUGCUUAAGAUUUCUACCAAGAAGCGCUAAAUUCAGCAAAUGACCACUGAUUACUGACUGCAAAGCCUUCCCCUUUGUUUGUUGAUUCCAUUGUCAAUGUUAUUUAAAAAAAAUAUUAUAUCAAUAAAUACAAAAACUGAUUUAAACUUC